ACUACGCGGCCAACGCAGCAGUGUCAGUCAGUCCUGCAGCCACGAAAUUCGCAUAAUUGGGCGGGUUUUUGGUGCCUUCCUAUUAAGUCGAAAGUGUGAAUACAUCUCGACAGUUUAAUAAAUUUGCCAUUUACUGCUCUAGCAGGUUAAAACGUAAGCAGAAAAAGAUGGUGGAAGUGAAUACUGGAGAGAGUGGUUGGGCGGGGGAGAACAGUGAAACAUCUUUUUUCUGUGAAUAGUGAAAGAUUAAGAGGAAAAAGAAGUUGUCAACGUUAUAAAACCCCAAGAUAUGAUGAUAGUGAUACGAAGCAAUACAUAGAAACGGAAAUCUCCACAAAAAAAAUUUCCAAUUUGGGGCUUGGCUUGGUUGGUAGAGUAGUUCAGAUUUUGAGGGGAAUUAAAUAAGAAUGGGGCGGAAGAAGGUGGAAAUAAAGCCAAUCAAAGACAAGAACAGCAGACAAGUGACGUUUUCAAAACGGAGGAAAGGGCUUCUAAAGAAAGCCAAACAUCUCUCCAUUCUUUGCGACGUCGAUGUUGCUGUUGUCGUCUUCUCCAACCGUCGCAGACUCUACGACUUCUCCAGCACUAACAGUCUAGUAGAGAUCGUUCGGCGAUAUCACAACCAUGUGGAAGCAGAAAAAGAGAUCUCUGCAGAUGUUUCUGACACAGAGCACUCUAAAUAUGCAAGCUUCAUGACAGUGGGAGAACUGUUACAAACAGUAGAAAGGCAACUCGAGGAGCCUGAUGUUGAUGGUCUCAGUGUGACUGACCUUGUCCAUUUGGAAAACCAGCUACAGUCUGCUCUGAUGCAAGCCAGAUCUCAGAAGACACAUUUGAUGGUUGAAUAUAUCAAGUCUCUUCAAGAGAAGGAAAAACUGCUGAAGGAAGAAAACAAACUUCUGGAAGACAGGAUAGCUGUGAUCAAGAAAAACAGAGAAGUUAAUGGUAUGGCUUCGAAUUUCACUAACCUUGCACCAGUCCCCAUGAUUCGUGGACAGCAGAGAGCGACCCUGAAUUUCCUCUAGUUAUCGUUGUAUAUGUCAAGUAUCUUGUAGAGGCUCAACCGGAACAAUUUGCCAAGGUUAUCUGGUGCUUCUAACUUGGCACCUCUACUUUGUCAUUCCCAUUUAUUUGAAGGAUUAUGAUGCACCUGAAACACUGCAAAUUCGGUAUGUCCAAAAUCAACAGUAAAAGAUAUUGGUGUAAUAUUUAUAAAAUAAUAUUUAAUUGUUCAUCUGUAAGACCAACUAUGAUGAGCUCUUUUUUCCUUUUCAAAUGUGUAUGGAUUCUGUAAUGUCUUAAUCAUGUCUUUAAUUUCGUUUGUUGGUGAUUUUUGUUUAUUUA